AUGAUGCAGCACAUACAGCAGCAGCAGCCCAGACCGCAGCUGCCAGUCCUGCAAGCUGGGCAGACGCUGCCUGGCAGCACUCCAGGGCCAUCCGGACAGCAACAAGCGCCGGUGCUCAUCAAGCCUGCGGUGGCUGCAAAGCAGCCCGCAGCUGCCAUGAAGUCGGCUGAGUUACUGCCUGCAUUGAAGCGGCAAAAGAAGAAGAAGGGGCCAGAAAAAGCGGCGUCCGACAGGGUGGUGCCAGAGCUGCCACAGUCGGCGCUGUUCAGCGCAGCAGCAGAUCUGGAGCGCCAGCUGGACGCGAUCAUGGCCUCCCACAGAGCAUAUAUCACAGCGCUCGUGGGCAAUCAAAAAAGGGUGCCCAAGAAGCUGCGCCUCUACCUGCAGAGCCGGCACUUCCACCAAGGCAACCGCGGCAGCACCCCGUCAGCUACAGCGGAGCCGCCCUCCUGGGAGUUUGAUAUAUCCGGCAGGGUACUAGAUCUGGCAGAGGCGGAGGGAACAGCCGCACCGGCCGCACCCUCGGCUCCGGGCCAGCCAGCCGUAGUUGUGGCAUCAGCGCCAGCUAGCAAGGGGCCGCCCAUGUCGUCCUACCUGCGGAGGCUCUCCAUCCGGCUGGACCCGCAGCUGUACCCCAGCGAUGGCGAGAUCACGUGGACCAAGGCUGUCCACGAGGGUCCCCAUAAGGGAAGUUUCAGCAUCAGGCGGCGAGGGCAGCAGGACGUGGCGGUGCAGAUAGAGGUGGAUGCAGAGCAUGCGCCGGAGCUGUUCACGCUGAGCCCGGCCCUGGCGGACCUGACAGGCAUGCAGCACGGCAGCCGCCAGCGCAUCCUGCAUGCCCUCUGGCACUACAUCAGCCUCAACAAGCUGCAGAUGCCCAAUCAGGCGGAUCUGGUGAACUGCGACGAGCGGCUGGGCGCCCUGUUGGGGGACAAGGUGGUCAAGCUUUCUUCGCUCUCUGAGCGCAUCGGGCACAUGCUGACACGCGUUCCCACCCCAAAGCUGGAGUACACCAUCAGGACACAAGGAAAGGCGCGGAGGGAGUGCUUUGAUAUUGACAUUGAGGUGCCGCUGCGGCUGGGGGAGGACCGCGCUCCGCCGCCCGUGCAUGAUCCUGAGAUCGAUGUGGUCAGGCCCUCCAUAUGCUCAGGCUGCGCUCUCAUACGCGGCCCUAUCUUCCUGUCAUCGGAGAAUCUGGACCGCAAGAUAGCCGGGCUCCUGCAGAGGAUAGAGGAGACGUCGCGAAGGCGCAACUUCUUCCUGGCUUUCUCGCAGUCGCCCGUCGACUUCAUCAAUGCCCUCAUCGCCAGCCAGGCGAGGGACCUGCGCAAUGCGCUGUCGGCGGAUGCUGGCGGCCCGGGCAAUGCAGGCGCGCCGCAGGCCAUGCGACGGUCAGAGAUGUUCCAUGGGAAAUGGGUGGAGGAAGCAGUCCGGCGCUACCUCGGCCGCCGAAUCGCAUCCGGCAGCUGA